GAGAGAUAAUUUUGUAAUGUUCGUUGAUGUGAUGGCGCUGCGACUCUUGGUGUUGACCACGCUUCGUUUGUAAUAGAAGGUUAGCGGUAUACGGCUGGCUUAAGGGGAAGACAAAUAUUUGACUCAAUGAAAAGAUCGAGGACGAAGUUUUUAAUUAAAAAAAAUGUAUAAAAAUUGAAAAUUUCAAGCGUGAUUUAUUGCAAUAAAAAUCUUGAUGGAUGCAAAUACACAGGAUAGCAUACCACUUGCCUCUAUGGAGGAAUUGAAUGUAGGAGGAUCGCCACAACCUCUUCAAUAUCGACGAUCUCCUGCACCUUCCUACGAAAGUCCUCGUUCCAAAUAUGCCGAGAAGUCAAAAUAUGAAGUUUCAGACAGAUUUAAUUUGGUAUAUUUCAUCAUAUUGCUUCAUGGAGUUGGCACAUUGAUGCCUUGGAAUAUGUUUAUUACAGCAGAAUCAUAUUUUACAAAAUACAAGCUAAAUGUAAACAGUACCAAUCCUUCAAUAAAAGAAUAUCAAAAUAAUUUCCUGUCAUAUUUGGGACUUGCAUCUCAAAUACCUAAUAUUAUAUGCAAUGCUCUAAAUCUACUUCUUCAGACUAGUGGAGGUAAUCUUACUGUUCGCAUUGUAUGCAGCUUAAUUGUAGAAGUGAUCAUUUUUAUUUUGACUGUAGUACUGGCAAUGGUGGAUUCAGCAUCAUGGCCAGAUAUUUUUUUCUAUGCAACAAUGGUUUCAGUAGUAAUUUUAAAUAUGGCUAAUGGAGUUUAUCAGAAUAGUGUGUAUGGUGUUGCUGCCAAUUUACCAAUGCAGUAUUCUAAUGCUGUUGUUCUUGGAGCGAAUAUAAGUGGAACAUUGACAUCAAUAAUUAAUAUUAUUUCAAUUGCUGCUUCUCCGAACUUAAAAACAGCAGCCAUUUACUAUUUUAUAACAGCUAUCUUUGUUUUGUUGGCCUGUUUUGAUACAUAUUUUGCUUUACCUUUAAUACGUUUUUACAGAUAUCAUAGAGAAUUAACAAAAGCUGCUAAUAAAGAAAGUAAAUGUGUUUAUAAAAAGCCACCAUUCUUUUUAAUAUUUAAAAAAAUUUGGCCUCAAUGUUUUAAUGUAUUCUUUGUAUUUUUCGUGACUCUAACAAUAUUUCCUGCUGUCCAUGCAAAUAUAAAAGCAAUUGAUCCAAAUUUCAUAAUUCCACGUAAGUUUGACUUUUUUAAAAAUUUAAACGUAAAUUCCAUUACUUAUUUUUAAUUAUUUUAAUAUCUA